AUGACUGACAGCACCGCGCCGCUGGCGGACAAGGAUGCGCGUAUUCUCGUCGUAGGUGGAGCUGGGACGAUUGGCUCUUCGACGGCCCUCCAUCUCCUCCGCCGCGGGUACUCCAACGUGCGCAUCCUCGACGUGUAUCCCUCGCCAUCCGGCAACUCGGCAGGCAACGAUUUAAACAAGAUCUGCGGUAACGAUCGUGGCCUCGGAAUCUGGGGCGAUAUCAGCGAUGAAGCUUGGGAAGGGUGGACGCACGAUCCGGUGUUCCAGCCGUACUGUCACUCCGUUGGCAAGCUUGACCUUGCCUGCGGAGACACGCCUCGUGCCGCCCAGCUGCGCCGCAAAUACAAUCUCCUGCAAUCGUUGGGCCGCAAGGACGUCGAAUGGCUAUCGGACGGUGACGCUAUAAAGCGCAAGGCCGGUCAUCUUGCGGAUGCGAACAUAGAGACAUGGAACGGCCUGUGGUGUGGUGAGGGAGGAUGGGUAGCUGCCCAUGACGCGCUUGAUUCUGUCGGCCGAGAGCUCGCAUCCCUCGGUAUCAAGACUGCAUUUGGACCCAGCGGCACUUUUGUCAGUCUGCUACUCUCUGAAGAUGGAAAGACGUGCACAGGUGUCAAGGCUGCAGACGGUACAGAGUGGCCGGCAGACCUCGUCGUCUUUGCUGCGGGUGCAUGGUCGCCGGUACUCCUUGAUCUCCAAGGACAGUGUGAGAGCAAGGCCUGGAUAUACGCCCAUAUUCAGCUCACCCCCGAGGAAGCAGAGCAGCUCAAGGGGAUCCCGACCAUGUACAACGACGAGUACGGCUUCUUCAUGGAGCCAAGCGCCACCGGCUUGCUCAAGUUUUGCAACGAGUUUGCCGGCUACACCCAUUACACGACUGCGACUCCAUUCCCGCUCACUGAGCCAGUGCGUAUCAGCGUACCUCGGAGCCACGCCGCGCACCCCACCGACACCAUUCCGACCGAGUCUCUCGAGGAUAUCAAACGGCUCAUAGCCAAGACCAUAUCGUGGCUCUCGGGAAGACCGCUCAUCAACCAGGCGCUCUGCUGGUGUACGGACACCCCCGAUGCGCAGUGGUUGCUGUGCGAAGACCCCCGGUGGAAGGGCCUUGUGCUGGCGACCGGCGAUUCGGGGCACUCGUUCAAAACUCUCCCUGUGGCAGGAAAGCAAGUCGUGGAUCUCAUCGAAGGUGUCCUAGCGCCAGAACGCAAGCACGCUUGGCGCUGGCGGCCUGGACAUGGUGACCCGAACGGUACGGGUCGUGGAGGUCCAAGGCCCAAGGACCUAGCAGAUGUCCCAGGAUGGAAGCAUGAUUGA